UAAAAGCACCCUGAAUCAACAUGAGUGGGAAGCUAUACCAAUAAGCAGAUUUUGGAUCCAAAAAACCUCAAAACUGUACAUUGUUACAACCUGGGUGGACUCUGACCCCGAGUGCUCCUUUCUUUCCUAACCUAAAGCUCAUAACUGGUCCUUCCUGCCUGCUGGCCUUGCGGUACCCGGGCUGUCCCUGGCUGUGGUAUAGCGUCCCCUUCCCUUCACAGGCCAGAGUGGCGAAAUGCUGACGGUAUUCCAGAGGUGCUUCGAUGUCUUAAUCGUGGUGAAAGACAUCCUGGGAUGCGGAGUACUGAUUUUCAUUAUUGGAUGGCCCUUUUACCAGUACCUUGCGAUGCUCCUGAGUACGACAAUGGCUUCUCAGCUUCGGAUCCGCCGAAAUCGAGCUAAGGCUGCCAGAACAAAAUACCAGACUGAAGGCUUAUCAACGGAAAUUCAUUUUCUCACAGUUCUGGAGGCUAGAAGCCCAAGAUCCAAGGGUUGGUUUCUGGUGAGGCCUCAGCUUGCCGAUGGCUGCCUACUCAUUGUAUCCCACAUGGUCUUUCUUCUGAGUGUGCAGAGAGAGAGAGCAAGAGUGAGUGCAUGAGCUAGAGCUUUGGUGUCUUUCUUUUCUUAUGAGGGUAUCAGUCCUAUCAGAUCUUAUGACCUCAUGUAACCUUAAUUAGGUCCUACUCUAGAUAAUCACAAUGGGGUAGAAGGCCUUACCAUAUGAAUUUUGGGGAGGGACAUAGUUCAGUCUGUAACAGUCUCCCAGUGUACGUACAAAUGCAAAUCUCUUGGGGGUAGAGAUACAUACCUAGCUAGGGGCUUAUACCAUUUGGGUAUACCUAGGAGUAGAAUUGCCGAGUUGUAGUGUGUUUUCUGAAACUUAAAAGGUGAUGCCAAAGUAUUUUCUGAACUUGUCAUUUUUUUAAAGUUUAUUUAUUUAUUUUGAGAGAGACAGAGACAGCGUGAGUAGGGAAGGGGCACAGAGAGAGAAUCCCAAGCAGGCUCUGCACUGUCAGGGCAGAGCCGAUGUGGGGCUCAAACUCAUGACAGUGAGAUCAUAACCUCAGCUGAAACUGAGAGGGGGAAUGCUUAACUGAGCCACCCAGGUGCCCCUCUAAAGUUGUCAUUUACACUUUUCCUAACAUAGUAUAUGAGAGUUCAUGUUGUUCAGCAUCUUUGCCAAUACUUAGUAUUUUCAAUCUUAAAUUUAACUAUUCCUAUGGGAAACUAAUGGGGUCUCACAGUUGUUUUAUUUCAUAGUUUCCUGAAUAAAAUUGAACACCUCUCACAGUUUUAUUCUGUUGUGAAGUGCCUGUUUGUCUCUUCCCCACUUUUUGAUUGUCUGUAUUUUUCUUACUGAUUUGUUGGAGCUCUGUAUAUAUCUUGGAUAUGAGCCCUUUGUUCAUCACAUGUGUUGUGAAUAUUUCCUCUGUUCUAUGGUUUGUCUUUUCACCUUUUUAAUGGUAUCAUUUGAAGAUAUUUUAAAAAUUUAAUGCCCUUCAAUUUAUCAAUUUUUUUCCCUUGUGGUUGGUGCUUUUGUGUCCCGUUUAAUAAAUUUUUCCUGUCCUCGA